UUUGGGGACCCGCCAUCUGACGGCCCCUUCCUCUCCACCCCACCACCUGCUUUCAGGGUGAAAGAAGUCGGCCGAGUGCCCCGUAUUUACCACCCAGUGUUCCAGGAGGAAAUAGCCAAUGGUCUGACUGUCACCUGGACUCCCCUCCCUGUGGGGCCUCGCCUGGGCCCUCCUGAGCCCUGGAGAUUUCACUCCUCUCUGGGAAUUAGAGACCAGGAGUUCUCUCCUCCCUGAAUCCUUGCACGGCUUUGCUCAUCUGGACAGUAACUCUUGACCAAAACCUGGCAGCAGAUAACCAUGGACCAGUACAGCCUUGGGGAGGAGGGUGCCCUUCCAUCCAAGAGGCACCUCCCUUCCUUAUCCGAGAGCCAGGGGCUCCACUGCAGUGACACCCUCAGCCGGGACCUGGGGCCCAGCACACGAGACCUGCUCUAUGCUGGUCUGAGUGGCUUGGACCUGGACCCCAGCCUCCCAAAGCCCGGUGUGCCCAGCGAGGCCCUGGAGGACAAUUUAGAUGCAGUGUCCCUGUACUCGGGGAAGGACAGUGACUCCGUGAAGGUGCUGGAGGAGUAUGCAGACCCGGAAUCUCAGGCUUCCUUACAAGACCUGGGGCUGGGCCCACUCAAGGCGCCUAAAGACACUGACGAAGGAGGCAGGGCGAGCUCGGGGAGUGCAAGGAAGGGAAAGCGGCAGCACAGCUCCCCCCAGAACCCGCUUCUGGACUGCAGCCUCUGCGGGAAGGUGUUCAGCAGCGCCAGCUCUCUGAGCAAGCACUACCUGACGCACAGCCAGGAGAGGAAGCACGUCUGCAAAAUCUGCAGCAAGGCCUUCAAGCGGCAGGACCACCUGACCGGGCACAUGCUCACCCACCAGAAGACCAAGCCCUUCGUGUGCAUCGAGCAGGGCUGCAGCAAGAGCUACUGCGACUACCGCUCGCUGCGCCGGCACUACGAGGUGCAGCACGGCCUGUGCAUCCUGAAGGAAGCGCCCGCGGAGGAGGAGGCCUGCGGGGACUCCCCCCACGCCCAGGAGGUGGCCGGCCCGCCCGCUCCCAGUGGCCUGCGGUCCCUGAUGCCCCCAGAGGCCAGGUCCCCUGGCUCCCUCUUGCCCAACCGGGACCUCCUGCGCUGUAUCGUGAGCAGCAUCGUCCACCAGAAGAUCCCUUCUCCCUGCCCGGCCCCAGCAGGGCCUUCAGACAGCAGCGAAGGGAGGAACACGGCCUGUCCCUGCCCACCCUCAUCCGGGUCCUCCUCCUGCACCCCAGCGAGCACCCCAGCAGCCCCAGGAGCCCUGGGCCCUGAGGUUCCCGAGGAGCCGCGUCCCCCGCAGAAGGAGCCUGUCGCUGACAUGUUCACAGCCGUCCACUCAAGGGCAGCAGAGAAUGGUGGCCCCGACCCAUCCGAGCCAGAGCCUUGGCUGCUCCAGCUCCCGUCUGCCCUGGAGGGCUGGCCUGAGGGCGGCCCCCUGCCUGCCUGCCUGCCUCUGUUCCGAGGCCAGACGGGCCCCUCCAGUUCCCAGCCAUCCAGCCACAACUUCCAGUGGCUCCGGAACCGGAACCUGCCCGGCUGCCCCAAGAGCAAAGGGAACAAUGUGUUUGUGGUCCACAAGGCCCCGGCGGUGCAGUCCCCGGAGGGCCCGGAAUCCGGCCCCGGGCCCAACAGCGCCUCCCCCAGCAGGGAGCCCUCCCCCAGCUCGGGCCUCAGUCUGGAGGACGUGCUGCCCUUCGCGCCCUCGCUCCUGAAGGCACCUGGGGAGGCCUCGGGUGACCCCAGACAUGCCAGCGGGGAAGAUGACAACUGGGCCUCCAGAAAGAGCCAGUGUGACUGCGACACGUUCCCGUGGCAGAACCCCAGGGAGCCCGGCCUGCAGGACGUCCAGAAACCGGGUGGGCUCCCGUCAGACACCACCCCGCUCUUCCGGCAGCUCUUCCUGAAGUCGCAGGAGUCUCUGGUGAGCCACGAGCAGAUGCAGGUGUUCCAGAUGAUCACCAAGUCCCAGCGGCUCUUCUCCCACGCCCAGGUGGCAGCCGCGUCCUCCCAGCUGCCGGGCCCCGAGGGCAAGCAGGCCGCCCUGAAGUCGGGGCCGUGGUCGCAGCAGCCCCUGCCACUGACGCCCAGUGCUGACUCUCUCCAUGCUGGCCCUGGGAACCCGGAGCCUGAGGGAUCCCCAGUCCACAGGAGAAAAACCGCAGCUGCUCUCCCCAGAGCAGCCUCUCCUGGCAGCACGAAAUGGGACUCGAAGGGAGGACCAAAGGUGGCCACCGCCCCGCCGUCCCUCACAGCAUCGUCUCUGGACCCUCCUGACAACCCAGACAUCUCCUCUCUGGCCAAGCAGUUGAGAUCUGCAAAAGGGACUCUGGACCUGGGGGACAUGUUCUCCCCCGGUGGCCCACAGCAGAGCCAGGCAGGGGGGGACCAGCCGCCUGGAGCCCCGGGCCCCGGGAAGCAGACCCAGGCUGAGAACGGCGCGGCAUCAGGAGCCACGAAAGGUGAAAAGGGCUCGGCCUGCACCCGGGGCGGAGGCUACAGGCUCUUCUCCGGUAACCCCAGGGCCCAGCGCUUCUCAGGCUUCCGGAAGGAGAAGGUGAAAAUGGACAUGUGCUGUGCCGCUUCUCCCAGCCAGGUGGCCAUGGCCUCCUUCUCCUCGGCUGGGCCUCCGGCGGACGCCCCCCGGGACUCCAAGUCCAAGCUGACCAUAUUCAACAGAAUCCAGGGUGGAAAUAUCUACCGGCUCCCCCAUCUGAUGAAGGAGGAGAACAUGGCAGGUGGAUGUAGCCAGCAAAACGGGGGCCCAGCAGACUGGGCAGAGCCAAGGAGCACGUACGUCUGCAAGAACUGCAGCCAGAUGUUUUACACCGAGAAAGGGCUGAGCAGCCACAUGUGCUUUCACAGCGACCAGUGGCCGUCACCUCGCGGGAAGCAGGAGCAGCAGGUGUUUGGCACCGAGUUCUGCAAGCCCACGAGACAGGUGCUGAGGCCAGAGGGGGACGGGCAGAGCCCCCCCGGAGCCAAGAAGUCCUUGGACAACACGGCCCCUUUGGAGCUCCCCAUGUCGGUGCCUGCGGUGCCCACACACCGAGUCCUGGGGAGCACGGCCAAGGGGCAAGAGAAAGACAUGGAAGAGAGAGACAGCAGGGAGAGCAGUCUGCACAGGAAGCGGAAGAAGCGCCCCCAGCCCAAGGCACUGUUCAUCCCUCCGCCCCGCUCCACAUUCAGGGAGCCAGGCCCAGGAAGAUGCCACCAGAGCUGCCUGCGGUCUCCGGUGUUCCUGGUGGACCGCCUCCUGAAAGGGUUAUUCCAGUGCCCUCCCUACACGCCACCCCCCAUGCUCAGCCCCAUCCGGGAGGGGUCUGGGCUGUAUUUCAACACGCUCUGUUCCACGUCGGCUCAGGCCAGUCCCGACAAGCUCAUCAGCACCACGCUGGAUCAAGUGGAUGUUUCUUUCGGCAUCUGUGUGGUAAAGGAUGACACCAAAAUCAGCAUAGAACCACACAUCAACAUAGGAAGCCGCUUUCAGGCUGAGAUCCCGGAGCUCCAGGACAGAUUGCUGGCCGGAAUCGAUGAGCAUUUAGCUUCUCUGGUCUGGAAGCCGUGGGGAGAUGUGAUGACCAACCUGGAAACGCAGGAUAGAGUGACCGAGCUCUGCAACGUGGCCUGCUCCAGCGUAAUGCCGGGAGGGGGCACCAACCUGGAGCUCGCCCUGCACUGCCUGCACGAAGCCCAGGGCAACGUUCAGGUGAGGGAGGCUGGGGCUGCGUUGAGAACCACUGUUCUAGGUGGACCCUACCUACCCCUGACCAGAGAAAAGUCUUUCCCCUCCUUGACUGUCUCUCCGGUAGGUUCAGACAUCUGGACUCCCAUGGAGAAGAGGCUCUUUAAGAAGGCGUUCUGCGCCCACAAGAAGGACUUUUACCUGAUACACAAGACGAUCCAGACCAAGACCGUCGCCCAGUGUGUGGAGUAUUAUUACAUCUGGAAAAAAAUGAUCAAGUUUGACUGCGGCCGAGCCCCAGGGCUGGAAAAGAGGCUCAGGAGAGAGCCGGAGGAAGCAGACAGGACAGAGGCAAAGGUCACGUGCAGCCCUCGAGAGAGACCUAGCCACCGUCCAACCCCCGAGUUAAAGAUAAAGACCAAGAGCUACAGGAGGGAGUCCAUCCUCAACUCCAGCCCCAACACCGGCCCCAAGCGGACCCCAGAGCGGCCGGGCAGCGCGGAGGGCCCGAGCGUGUUUCCCUGCAGAGAGUGUGAGAGGGUGUUCGAUAAGAUUAAGAGUCGAAAUGCCCACAUGAAGCGGCACCGGCUUCAGGACCACGUGGAGCCCAUCGUCAGGGUGAAGUGGCCGGCGAAGCCCUUGCAGCUGAAGGAGGAGGAGGAGGACGAGGAGGAGAUGGGGGCUGACAUCGGGCCCCUGCAGUGGUGAUUCCAGGCAGGUGGCCAGUGGGGAUGGGGGCCCCGGCCCUGCCAUACCUUCCUGCGGCCUCUCCAAGGCGUUUGGGGCACCCUCUGCCCCCCCCACACCCUCCCCGUGGGCCCGCCCAGCCUGCAGACACGGUGGGCAUUUGACCAUAAGUAGCAGGAGGCGCACAGUCAUUGGAUAGCUGCGAAGUCCCAGUCGGCUGGUGCCAGAGCUCCACUCCUUUAGGGUAAUAGUCUCUCCCCUUCCUUCAGUUCCACUCCGGGAGCAGGGAGGCUGGGGGAGGGAACACACUAGAUCUGGGUAGCUCUCAAGUGUUAGCCUCCGUUUGGGGUUUGGUCCCAUUGCUGGGUACGGCCAAGAUGUAAAGAAUCAGUGGGAAAACACCUUCAGAUGGCACCGUGUUGGGGGGCCCUCCAGGGCUCUCUCUGCAUUCCAGAUUCAGCCCCUGGUCUUGCAAUGACUUGUACAUUGUUAGUUUUUUUUGUACGUGUCGACUUGUAAAUCUUAUUAAAUUGGGUUC